AUACCGGGAACGUCACAUCCUUUCAUCUGACACGUCGAAAGAAGGGAAACAAGAAAUAUGCCUGCACCAGCAAGUUCAACCUCAGUAGGUGGGGGCCGCUCCCCAUCCGCAUCCAAGACUGUCUCCCCACGAUCUGGAGGGGGAUCCACUGUCAGACAAAGGAAAGCUCCAUCAUCCGCUGGGGCAGCACGAUCAAAGCCUGGCGGUAGCAGUGCUGGUAUGUGGAGGUUCUACACAGAAGACUCCCCAGGCAUUAAAGUAGGUCCAGUGCCAGUUCUAGUGAUGAGCCUGAUCUUCAUUGCCUCAGUGUUCAUGCUUCAUAUCUGGGGAAAAUACACGAGAACCUAACAACCUGGACAUGCCUAGUUCAACCUCCUCAUACGCAUUAUCGUCAUUCUCAUAUUUAUUCAUGAUAUCAUUGUGUUAAAAAGUGCGGAUGUGAAUUUUUAGCAGUACAAACUGCUGUAUUGUGUUUUUAAAAUAUUUGUACAUGUGUCAGUUUUUAUGACGUUUUCAAUGACCAAACACGUAAUUUGUUCCGUCUCAGGCCUGAAAACAUGGUAAAAAGGAUGUUGUGCUUUAGAAUUAAUGAAAGUGGCAAUAGGAAUAUAUUUUAUUUUAUGAAGUUCAAUUUCAAAGUUAUUUUAUUUAUUAUAAAAAUUCAUGGUAUGGUUUUUAUUAAAUCCUGCAAGCUUACCUUACCAUUUAAGUUCAUUUUUGUAAGCUGGACUUGUAGUUAACAUUUUUAUGACAUUCAAUGACAUUUUGUCAUAUAAUUUAGCUUGCAGGCAAAAAACUUAACACUGUUGAUGUGUCCUGCUUUGAUAAGAUCAGGGAUGAAGUUUGUUUGUCAUGACAAUUCAUUGUACUAGUUGACAGUGAUGAAUGAUUUUGACAAGCAUUUUUUGCAAUAUGUAACCAUAGUCAAUAUAUUAUGAAAAAAACCACAAUAAAAUAUAUUAAAAUG